AUGCAACAGUUCCAUUAUACUGUUAUUGGAGGAAGAAAAAGUCAUUUCUUUGAUGCGUCUAUUCUCAAUAAAGUGCUCCGUCUUUUGGCUCUAAACGGUGAAAACAGAAUUGAAUUUGGCAAUCGUGAUAUUGUACGUCACUUGACAUCCUUAUCUGAUUCUCAGUCAUACGGCACAAAUGAAAUAUCAAUUACUAUACAUAUUUUAUCAUCAAAAGUUCCAGUUAUUGAUGCUACCCAAGAAAUAUUGUCACUAGCUGAAGCAUAUCGCAGCAACAUAACUGAAUUGGAAGAAAAAGUUCGAACAUAUUUUGAAGGUGCUAGUAUUGAUGAAUUCUUACUUCAAUAUCCAACUGAACCUAAUAUCGGUGAUGACCAAAGUGAAGAUAAACCAUCUAUCGUGGUAGAAGAAGGAAAUCCCUACCAUCUGGAUGGUCAUAUUAUGAUAAGCUACAGUCAUAACGAUGACAAAAUAGCACUUAAAAUUAAAGAAAGCUUGGAAAAUGAAGAAAUCAAGAUUUGGAUUGACAAAGAUCACAUGGUUCAAGAUGUCAAGAUUUUAGAUGCAAUGGCAAACGCUGUGCAAAAUGCUGCAAUUGUAUUAAUACUUUUUUCUAAAUCAUACCAACAUAGUGCAAAUACUAGAGCAGAAGCUGAAUACACUCGAAAACUAAAUAAACCAACUAUUUUUCUUCGUGUUGAGUCGAAGUUUGUUCCAAGUGGUUGGCUGGGUUUCAUGAUAGGCGAGAGUCGUUAUAUUGACUUCUCCGGGAAAUAUCCAUACGAGGAAAAAUUUGAAGAAUUAUGCACCACAAUUCACAAUGUUAGUCGUGGAUCGAUCACUGUAAAACCUAAGAAACCAAAAAAAACGGGAGAAUAUUCAUGCGUUUCAAUGUGA